CCCGCCACCAAAAAGUCUGGAGAACCAGUCCUCACGAAGAAAAAGUCAAAGCAAGACUUGACGCCACAUCGCAACAUGUCUGCACAUUCAGAACCUUCUUCGAAUUCGCUGACGCCAGGUAUGUGUAUGCUUCAACCAUGUCGCUUGCACAAAGCUCACAGUUUCCCAGCGCAAUUCGAGGCCAAAUUCGACCUAGGCAUCUGGCACUCACUGUUCGGCUGGCAAAUCCUGACCGUCGCCAUUCAAAACCAAUGGGGCGGUCCUGACAGCGCGGAUAAACGCGAUUGGCUCGCAGGCCAAAUCUCAGAGCUCUUCGCCAGCGACCCCGAAACGGAAGCCGAAGAUGUCGAGGUGAUGCUGCUGCAGGUGCUCGAGGACGAAUACGGCGUGCGGUUGGAGGACGAGACCGAGGUGGCUGUCGCCCGCGAAAUCAUGACAAUACGGAAAGAGCUGAGCGAGGGAAGCACAGCGACGGUGGAUAGGCUGCAGGCCAAGUGGGAGGCAAGAAAGGGCAAGGAGGUUAGCACAGGGAAUGUACAGGUUCGAGAGGGGAAUCAGGACGCUGAGUGGGACAGCGUGGAUGAGGAGACGGACGAGGAGGAUGGCGAUGUGGAUAUGAACGAUGCGCCUGCGUUGGUGGCUGUUGCGAAACCGAAGGCUGCACCGCAAAUUGACGAGGAUGGGUUUACGAAAGUGGUUGGCAGGCGUGGAAGAUGA